AUGGCAGAUAAUCGAAGGCCGUCCUCAGUGCCGUCAGAGGACUUCUACAAAACGCGUAUGGCCAACUCGGCGAACGCUUCGCGUAAGUCUUCGAUGCAAGCUGGUACUGAAGCGACGAAUAUCGUAUGUGCAAACCGAUCACUCUUUAUCUUCUCAAAGGACAAUAUCAUUCGAAAAGUUUGCCGCACGAUCGUCGAGAGCAAAGUAUCCUUUGAUGCGUGAAAGCGUUCUUUGUACAAAAUCUUUUCUAGGUCUUGGCGUUGUCUGUUAGUUUGUUGUCGUCUAUUGCACGAGAGGAGCGUGCGUGUUGGCUGUGGCCCUGUCAAUGUCUAGUGUUGCGAAAUUUUCUUGAAAUUUUUCCUGGACAAUUUUCACUGUGUUGGUGGUAUAGCUCCGUGUGAAUUGAUUUUUUUAUGUUCAUUUUAGCGUUUCUGUGAGUUUAUGUUCGUAUCAUAUAUUCCUUAACUGAAGACAAGCCUUUUGAAUAUUUCAUUUUAUUGACCAUCUUUGUCAAUUGCAUCCUCCUCGCCGCUAACACUCCACUGCCGAAGGAAGACAAGUCCGAUCUUGACAGAAAUUUAGUAAGUACACAUCUUUACCGAUAUCUUCUCUAAAUAACAGCAGAACUCAGAACUGUUCGCCGCUGCUGCUCUUGUCGUACGAAAGUUAUUCAGUCAUUCUCUCACUUUAUUAUUUUUCCUGUUCUUCCCUAGGAACAAGCCGAAAUAUAUUUAUUGGCAAUAUUUUGCUUAGAAGCUCUAUUAAAAGUUAUAGCUCUUGGGUUUAUAUUACACACUGACUCGUAUCUACGGAACGGAUGGAAUAUCUUGGAUUUUGUCGUCGUUGUAACAGGGUAUGUCAUGAUGAUGUAUACAAGGGUAAACGUGUUUAUACCUAUGCUGAAUAAUGCUAGGAUUUUUUAUUCAGCCAUGUAUGUAGAUGCAAUUUUCACUCGUGAAUUUCAAUAUUUAACCAAGCUUUUGCUGCUGUACUGUAAAUCUGUGGUGAGAAAAUAGUCGUCUAUUUUUUAGGAAAGAAGUUUCCCAGCCCGCAAUAUAUCAGGUUUCGCGGAAAGAGUGAGCUUGAAAUAUACACUGUGGGUUAACGGAAGCGAAAUUCGCAUCGGCAUAUUUCAACUUGACGACUGAACGUGGACUAGGACAAUUCUAGGAACUAUACACACGAAAACUAAACAUGCUAAGCGGAUCGUUACUUUAUACACUUCAUACCGAUUGGUUGCGCUUAAAGUUACACUAAACUAGGGGAUUGAACUCGGACAACUUGCGCGAGUUGGCGAAACGUAAAAUGGUCGAAUUUUAACUGAACAGAAUACUCGCUCAAGCGAAUCACACUAACAAAAGCAGCCCCCAGUUUGGUCACGCUAGCGGUCCUGUCUAUUUCAGACGACCUCAUGGCAACACUUUCGUAAAAAGUUGCUUCUAUUCUUUUUAGCUUUGAUUGUCUGCGUCAGACAACUUUUACAGGAGGAAAUUGUGUUUCCAUUAGGCGAUUAUCGUUUCGCCGCUCGUCCUAGCGGGUAAUAGAUUUCGAUAUUUCAAUACUUCACGCGAUCUUAAAUCCUGCUAAAAUGUAUCUACGAUUAAAAGCGGAAUUUCUUUAAUUGCCCUAUUCGCUAUUAUCCUCGACAGAUCCUUUUUUUACUGCUGGAUUUCAAAUGACACGGACUAACGCUGGCAUUCCGCAGCGCAACAAUUCCUCCACGCCAAAACUCAUCGCCGUUAAAUUAUUUAGCGUCGCUAGAGUAAAUAGUCAUGUUAUAAAAAGUCAAAACACAAGUGCUAGCACAUCCAUUACACGAAGAACCGGCUAUUUGCUCAAAAUCGAAAUAAAUUGUUAAAUCACGUAUUAAAACGCUCUGUACACAACUCCGACCCGGUGCAGGUAUUGAGUAGACCCUCAAUUAAACAGCAAUAUCAAAUAAAGCAAGGAAUAACUCUACGCGGGAUUUGAAAAUAAAAUUCAAAUCAGAAAGUAUCGAAGAGCUAAGCUCACAGUUGUCAUCUCGUGCGAGAAGAUAGCGCGCAGUUUUCACAAAGUUUUCCGUGCACUGCAGUCAAAUUAUCACCAAAUAUCAUUUCAACCCGGAAUUUCUCGUUAACAGGUACAAUGACUUAAGUUUAACAUGACAUAACUCCUCGCCUACGCAUUCAACAUGACUCAUACGAGAAUAAUUUUCGACAAGUGAAAUUUCCCACGUAGUAUCUAUGGUAACAAAGGUCGAAAGACAAGAAAAUGAGAGGGAGAUGUUGAGUACAAAUAACCGGAUAGUUUUGCAAACUUUUGCGGAGUAAAUAAAGCGUCGGAUAAAGCGCAAUUGAAAUUAGAAAAUUAAGACUUUGGUCAGAAUCUCGCUCUAAAUGGAACUACUUCCUCUAUAUAUUUUUACUAGUCGGUUAAGCUGGCAGUCAAACGUGAACUUUUAAUUGAAGCUUCCUUUCAAAAGCCAAGAGGCAAACUGAUAUUUCCGUUUCCUGCGGCCAAAGACUUCAUGUUUCUCUGUUCUCUCCUUCCCAAACCAAUUGUUUGCAGAACGGGUAAUAAAUUAUUCAAAGCUGCGGGGAACUUGCCAGGGACGCAGUUUCGGCACUACACCUGUCAAAAUCUCCUUGGGUUACCCCGAAAAAUUGCCAUUUUAUCGCCAAACUACGCCUUUCUCUGGUAAUUCACUAAACGAGACUGAGAAGCGAAUGCAAAUAAAAACUAUGUUUUACAAACAUUAUGGCAGAAGGUCGACUGUUUCUAUAUUUACAUAACAAAACUAUUUUACGCGGAGAUAUGUCACAUCGACUUAAUAAGACCCUUCACAAAGACGCGUACUUUUCUUAUUUUGCAUUUGCAUGCUAAUAAUUGAGGUUACAGAAAAGACAAUAAACAAAUAACUGCUAGUUUUCCGUCUUAAGGAAAAUGCCAACAUCUCCGAAGUUGUAAUUGUUUCGGCGAAUAAUGAAGGCUUACGAAUCAAAGUGAUUUAACUUUUCCCUCGAUUAACACAUUCUAAAUAAUCGUUUCAAGAAAGAUGAUUCUAUCACCUAAAAUAUCUGCGUUACAGUGUUCAAGGUCUUGAACAAGUUUUUGUUUGUUAAACUUACUUGAAAGGUGAAAGAAACACGAUAACAUACUGCAAUUUGCUUAAACAAGUGUUGUCUGUUAUUUUCACAGGCGAAAGUAAGGUGUUUGUGGUAAUGAUGAUCGCUCAUGCAAGGAAAUGAAACAUUCAUACAUGCAAAUCAUGCCAUCAUUUUUUCUUCUUGGCUCUGCUGAAGAAUGCGAGUUCACAUCUCAAUCCAGUUUUACACUUGAUACAAGAUAAGAAAACAUCUCUGAUGUGAUGAGGGAAAUAUUGGACAUUUCUUUUUACAAAGACAAAUGCUGAUAUAAAUUGGAAAUCUGUGUUUUCUUUCCUCGAAAAAAAGUUUCCGCUCGGUGCCAAAGCUUGCUUAGACAAACAAUCAGCUAAAUUGUAAAAUUCAACCUACCAUCAAAUUGAGAGCAAGAAACAAAUAAGAUCCAUAAAUUUUCUUCCUGCACUCUUGAAAGCAAGUGAAAACCUAUAUUUUUAAUUUCAGGUUGUUAUAGCAACUUCCAGUUAAGUUGGUAAUUCACCAGCAAUAGUUUUAAUAGCCAUAAUUUUUUUUUAAACAUCAUCAACAAAUAUGCAAUAAUUAUGAAGAAUGUCUCAUAAAGUUGCUAAAUGCAGUUUUGGUCUUUGAAUAUUGUGAGUGAAAGAAAAUUGUUACACAAGGUUCCCCGCAACAGUCCACUUUUUUUUAGAAGGACUAUCAAGGCUGACACUUAACAAUCGGUUUUAAGCUGAGCGAUAAAUUAGCAGUGAAUCCAAAAUGAGCCAUCAAAAAAUAGUUAUUGACAGUCUCUGACAAUAUAUCAAUUUGAUCACAAUACAUGUGUUGCAAUUAAAAUCCUUUUACAUGCUAGAUAGAGGAUGGCAACAAGAAAAGGAGAGAAAAAAAAGGAAAAAUCAUAUGGAAAGCUGCUAAAUGAACUGUUCUGCAGCAUUAUAGUAAUAACGACACAUCUUGUUAUCACCACACAUUCUGUACUGAAGGCAAGCAAGCAUUUUGUAAUAGGGGCUGCAGCAUUUUGUUACAACAGUUAGUCUACACAAUUUGUAACAACAUCUUGAUGUGAACCAACAUAAUGACCACACUCCAGUUGGCUGGUUAGCUCAGUUGGUAGAGCACCGCACCUGUACUGCAAAGGUCAUGGGUUCAAAUCCCCUACAGGCCUGAAUUGUUUCAUUAUGGCGAACAUCACUUUUAUUCAUUUCUUAAACCACAGUUCACAUGAUUUUCUAUUUUAUGAUUUUCAUAUAUAGUGUAUUAUAGUGACUGAUUUAGAAUUCUUCUAAAAAAACUUAGAAUACUUGCUAACUUUUUAACCCUUUAACUCCCAAGACCUGAUUGUUUAUUAUCUCCUCUUGUUGCUACACAAUUCCUUGUAAAUUAGAUAUGAGAAUUUGGUGUAAGAUCAAGAUAAAAACUUCUUCCUGAUAAGUUUUAGUAUUCUCAUCAACUGUUGGCUAGAAAAUUUAUGGAUAUCAUAGGGAUAAGUUACAUGUUAGUCACUUCUAGGAUUUUAAGGGUAAGGUAGAUAAGCAGUAGUCCAAUAGUCAGUACACUGAACUCUAGGUCCAGAGAUCUAGGUUCAAGACCUUGCUGGGGCAAUGUGUUGGAGUAACUGUCCAGAAAGCCUGAUGAAAUGCUGGGGGAUAACCUUGCGAUGGACUAACAUCCCAUCCUGGGGGGAGUUGUAAUACUCCUAAUUGUUUCACGCUGAGGGAACUGGGAUAGGUUCCGGCUGGGUAGACUACUAGGCUAGAGUACAAAAUCAAAUUAACAAGACAAUAAAUAGCUCUUCAACGACUGUUGGAGGCAAUCAGUGUUCGGCUCUUUGUACUGAUUUUUCCUUAAACAAUUUCUUCUGUUAAGUGACCACUUUGGGGCUGUCUUAAGAUUGUGCUCAGUCAAUAACACCAGUUAUUGUGACUGUGAAAAUAUGAAAAUCAUAUAUAAUUGAACUGCAGUUUAAGAAAUAAAUAUGAAAGCGAUCUUUGCAGUACUGAAUACUGCUUAAGCAGUAGUGUGUAAAUAAGGCUUGAAAAGAAGGUCUUAUUUUCACCGUACAAAAUCAUUAACAGUCACAUGCAAAAUUGCUUCAUUAUACCUUACAAAGAGAGGGGUUUGCCAGUUACAGAUUGGUGGAUGUGAUCUAUAAAAGACACAAGUGACUGAUUGCAGAUACAAUAAGUUCAAACUAUGUUCAGGCAACAUGUAGAGAAUGUUUGACAAAGAGAUAAUCUGUAAUUAAAUUCCCUAGGAAAUGUGCAGCUUCAGAGAAAGACUUGAAAAUUUUCUCUAAAUUCCUAGCAAUUACCUUGAAACCAUGAUGUGAUAGAUGAUUCUCUUCGCUAGCUCCUAAACAUUUCCCUGUAAAUCAAUUACAAUAAUUUGGUGCUAGAUCAAGAUAAAAACUUCUACCUGAUAAGUGUCAGUAUUCUCAUUACAUGUUUCCUGGAUAUGGUAUAGAUAUUAUAGGGAGAAAUAACAUGUUUAUCACUGCUUGGAGGUAAAAACUUCAAGGAAAUUGUAGUGCUUUGAGCCAACAACAGUUUUUUAAGUGAUUCCUAUGAUUCAAAACAUGUUUUUAAAUAAAACUAGUCACAUACCUUAUCUACUGUGUAAUUUUGAGAAAAUGAUCAGUCACCUAAGUAGUUAAAGCAAGUUAGAAUGGCUAAUGUAACAUCAUUCAUCAGUGCCUCUAACUCAGAUUGCUUUGCACUGUAUAUUCUACCUUUAUUCAUUCAAUUUCUAUUUUCAGCCUUUUGAGCUUGCCACAACUAAGAGUGUUCGAAGCUGGAAUGCUGAAGGCCCUGAGAGCUGCCAGAGUGCUGCGGCCACUGAAACUUGUAUCAGGCAUUCCAAGUAAGUCUAACACAGAUUUGUGCCCCUAUUACCAAAUUUUUCUUAUCUUGCUAUUGUAGUAAAUCAACUCUGAGCUGCAUUAGUUCUGUUAAUUUUACAUUUACUGAUGAUUCUAGAAGAAUCUGUUGGUCACGCAACUUAUACCAAUUAGCAAAUUAAAAUAAAUUUUCAGCUGAAACAUAAAUCUUGAAAGUUUAAGAAAUUUCUAAAGCUGAAAUUUUCGGUAAAUUUUAUUCGAAAGUUUGCAGUAAACUAACUAAUGACGAGAAAAUUCAGGACGGCUAUUUCUAAGUUACUCUUUGUUUAACACUAAUUUUCGGUUGAGAAAUUUCACUGGCAAACAGUAAAACGAUAACUAAAAACCAUUAUUAAACUGUGACUCAACCAUGUUUUAUCCAAGCAAUGGUGGGCUAGAAAAUAUCUCCCCUUUCACCCGACUUUUAUUUUUUUUUUCAGUAAAAAAUCCCGAGAGAAUAGAACUGUCCAAGCGAUGAGUUAGCCAAUUUGCCGGUCACGUUCAUUUAAAAUCGCUUCUGUAUGGCCUUUGUUAUUAUCAAUACCUUCUUGUUUAGUAUCUCUUUCGUCUUUUGACCCUUAAGUUAUUUUCAUACACGAAUAACUUAAAAACUGAUUACUAUCCCGAAAAUGUUUAAAAUUUCAGUUCCAAUAUGGCUUUCAAAGAUAACAGUCUAACUGCAUUAGCGCACCUUCCAUGUAUGCACAAGCGUGACAGGGAAAUUUUGUUGAAUCAUAUGUGCAAAAGCUAUGAAUUAAGGUUAAAUAGAUAAACAUAUGCCUUUUAUUGAUUUAAAUUGAAGCAGACAAGAUGGCAUAUUCACCAAAAUUGCUUUUAACGGCUAGAAAUGAACAACACAUUACCCAAAACAAAAAGUACAACAGAAGUACUUACCACGGUUAUUCGCAGCGGGAUAUUAAAUCUCUUUUCGAGUUUUUACCAAGCUUUUCCAAUUCCAUUGAAGUAAAAUUGAAUUCAUAGUGUCGACAUUCCUUGUUCGAUGCCUUGGAUCGAGAAACAAAUGGCGAAAAUAUCGACGCAAAGUCCUGUAAAACCUCCCACAGUGUGAUGGCAUGCAAGCGAUGUAAGCAUUAUUUAAAAAAAACGCGAAAGACCCUGGGGCUGAUCAGAAACAGCACUUGUACAGCGGAGAUUCACAUCGCACUAACAUGGCUACCAAACUUUCACUGAAAAUGUAGCGAUUGUAUACAUUACUUACAAUUUUUUGGGGUAUUUUUUUAAAACGUUGCAAUAUGUGGGAGAUGAAUACACAGUUCUUUUUAUCUACUGUUAUGGACUUUCGGUUGUUCGACUUUACAAUAGACAAUUCAAUAAGUUGUUGUGAGUGUAUACCCUAUGACAGGUUAGUACUGAUUUUUCCAAAGGUGAUUUUUUUUUAGUUAUGCUGUUUUUCUGUUUAGUUGUUUUUCUAAAAUUUUGUUUUAACUUGUUCACAAGCGAACAUUGACGUUCAAAAGGUUUAACACCGGAAAAAAACAUACGUUGUGUGAAUAUCGGAAAAUACCAGACAGAAUUGGAAACUGUUGCAGCCAUUUAUUAUUUGGUAGAAUUCUUCGAAGGAUCUUUUUAAAUCAAGCUGUUUGAGAAGAGGGAAUGACUCUGUUUGUUUUGUGACUGAGAAUUUUUCAGCUUUCAUAAAAUUAUUGAACACUGUAUUGUUUCAUUUUCAACAGGAUGUAUCAAUAUUUCUACCAAAAGUAAAUUGUUCACAGCUUUGAGUAGAAGUGUAUUAAACUAACACUUAUUGUAACAGAACAAAAGGCAGGAAAAACAUUCAUGAAUAUCAAGCUUGUAAAGAAGCAGUCAUUCAGUCAUGAGGGAGGGUAAAAGGGAGUCCUGCUCACAUCUCACACACAUCAAAAAGUAAAAAUGACACCACAAAAAAUCGGAUAAAAAAUUUUACGGUUCAUGUAUCACAAAAGCAAAAAAAUUUAUAGUUCAUGAGGUUUUUAAUUUCAUAUUCAAAAACGCUUAAUUCCACAUCACACAAAAAUCCCUUUCAUCCUCUAUUUUUAAAUAUUUUAUUUGGCUUUAUAUUAGAAGCACAAAUGAUAAGUUCCAAAAUUUAGAUACCCAACAGCUGACACUGAUGUAAUUAUAGUUAAACCUCCAUCCUUAACCUAAAGCCAUUUCACAAGGGACUAGGAAAGUGUGCUCUUCCAAUAAGAGAGGUUAAAAUGUAAACUUUCUAUAUAGUCAGGACUGCAGCUUCCCAGAAUUUUACCCAGAUUUUGUAGGAGAUGGGGUGCCCUAACACUUAAUAUGCUAGGCUUAAGUCACAGAGGUAUAAAAUGCAAAACCUGGCCAGGCGAUUGUGUUGUGUUUAAUUAAGGGCAAGACACUGCCGGUUAACUGCCAGGUAACCUGAUAUAGUUCUAGCGGGUAACCUUCCAUGGACUAGAAUCCCCUCAAGGGGUUAUGGUCACUUCUUGCCAUGCAAACUAGAAUAAUCUCCAGCCCGAUGAGCCACUGAGCUUGAUUGCAUACUCUGCCAGUAAUAGUUUUUACUCCUAAGUGGAGAGGUACUCUCUGAGUUAAGUGUCUUACUUAAAAACUCAAUGCAGUGACCUGGCCAGGUCUUCAACUCAGACCUACUAACCUAAAAUUCAUUGCACUAACCAUAAGGCCAGAAUAUCUAUUUCUUAUCCACCAAUUGAUUAAACCUUUAAUAACAUGAGUGACCAACACAGCAUUGCUCCUUAUAAUGUCAAUAAAAUAUCAAGCAGACAAGUGAUGAGACUAAAGAAAAAUAUCCACAAGGGGAAUGUUAGUUGAUCCAAUACCAAAUUCUCAAAGCUAAAAUCACAAGAAUUGUAUGACAUACAGUAAGGAGAGGUACUAAUGAGAUCUUGGGAGUGAGGGGGUAAAUAUUCAUCAAAGCAUCACAAUACAUGGUAAUGAUAUGUUUCUUGUUCUCAACAGGCCUUCAAGUAGUUAUGAAGUCCAUCAUGUGUGCAAUGGCACCACUUCUGCAAAUUUGUUUACUCGUAGGAUUUGUAAUCGUAAUUUAUGCAAUCAUAGGAUUAGAAUUUCUUGUUGGAAAAUUUCACUAUGUGUGCCAUAAAAAUGUUUCAGGUGAGCAAGGUGGUUUAUCCUUCAUGUUUUUGUCAAGUUGAUCAAAUAUUGCUGUCCCACUGCUAUCAAAUACCUCUUUGCUGUUGCUUACUAUAGGAUCAAUCAGUUUUAUUUCAAUGUUUUGUGCUUUAUUUCAGCUCUUUAAACUUUCUGGGAUAUUUAACAUGCUCUCUCAUAAGCAUGCUGAAAUUUUUGCAUGUCUAUGUUUAUUAAUUUUUCCUCACAAGGUCACCCCUGAAUUACACAUUAAGGUCAUGAGGGCAAAGAAAAUGAUCACCAACUUGACAUUUUUGAUUGUUACUAAGUAGACAAAUUCUCCUAGGCAGCACCUUAGGAAAUGAAAGGAGAAUAGUAUGAAGAAUAAGGGUACUGAUGAUAGGGUGGAAACAGUUAAAGGAAAAAAAUUAUAACUAGGGUAUAGUGUUUGACUCAAUACCAAAGUCUCAAAACUAAUGUUAUUAGAAAUGUAAGGCCAGCAGUAAGGAGAAUUACCAUUGAGAUCUUGGGAUGGAAAGGGUUACAAAAAUUGUUGCAGUUUUAAUGUAGUGCACUUGGUUUUGAUAUUUAAUGAAUUCAAGAUUUCAACUCUGUGAUUUCUUGGCAAUUACAUGCAGAUGCACUCACACUUGUCACCUUUUUAAAAAAUGCAGGUGUCUGGCAGAUGGCUGAUGACCCACAAAUUUGUGAUGUAGAUGGCAAGGGAGUAAUUUGUCCUGAUUCUCAAAAGUGUCAAGAAUACUGGGAAGGACCAAAUAAUGGAAUCACGUCAUUUGACAACAUAUUUGCUGGAUGUCUAACAGUGUUUCAAGUAAUUACCAAUGAGGGUUGGACAGAUGUAAUGUAUUGGGUAUGUUAGUUUUUUUUAUUGGUUCUAGUGCUUUAUUUAUCAGAUCUCAUGAUAUGACCUGAACAUGUCAAUUCAGGGCUUCGAGGUUAAGCUGUCUUAAAAGCUGGAAAAGAAGAAAUAAAUUACAGGGUUAAAAGCUUUAGAAACUCUUUGGGAAGGCAAAUUUACAUUAUCAAUUCAAUUCAACUUAAUAAAACCAAAUCAUCAUACAUGAGGCUAGCCACAUGGUUUGUCUUUGAAAUGAGCACUUUGGCUGAAAGUCAUUCUGGAGGGUUCGUGCAACAUCGGCAGGCUUAACCUUUUACACCUUAAGAGUGAUAGGCAUCUAAUUUCUCCCAACAGUAUCAUUCCCUGAAUCAACUAUUAAGGUCAUGAGAAUAAAAGAAAUGAUUGCAAACUCAAGAAGCUAUUGAUUGUUACACAAAUUCUCCUUGUAAGUCAACCAUAGGAGAUGUCUUGAGAACAGUGGGAAUAACUUGCAUUGUGAUGUUAGGGCGUGAAGGAUUAAACCUUUAUCCCCUAAGAGUGACUGGCAUCUAAUUUCUCUUUACAAUGUCACCCCUGAAUCAAACAUCAAAGUCAUGAGAAAAGAGGAGAUGAUCACCAACUAAAGCAGCUCUUGAUUGUGAAACAAAUUCUCCUUGUCAGCUCUUUGGGAAAUAUAUGGAGAAUAGUAUGAAGAAUUUGUAUACUGAUGUUAGGGUGUGAAGGGCUUAUGGUCUGAUGAGCAUGGGGAAAAGGCUCUUGUUUUUGUGCACAGUGGCAAGAAAGAGCAAGUCAAAUCAAGAAUAAAACAGGUUGUAGGAGGUUGGUGGGUUUAGUUGGAGAUGUCAAAGGGUGUUAAAUUUCAUAAAUAUUAAGUAGAAAUAAUUAUUGAAGAUAGAGAGAAACAAAUUGUGCAUAAUCAUAUUCUUACUGUUUGAAUGUUAUUGAUCCGCUCCUUUUGUUUGUUUAUUUUAUUCUUUUUUACAGACAUUCUAUGCCUAUGAUAGACAUGGUUACGCAUUUUGGAUAUAUUAUUAUUCCCUUGUUAUAAUAGGAUCUUUUUUUAUGCUCAACUUGGUUCUUGGUGUUCUUAGCGGGUAAGUGUCUUUUAUUCUUAAGUAAUAACUUUGUUUUCGACAGUCCUUCAACAAUACAUCUGUCUAUCAUGCCUUGACCCCUGUUUGAAUGUUCCAUACUAAAACAGCCUUUGCUAGAGAAUUCCCAUUAUUGAUAAUUACUAGUUAUUGAUUAUUACUUAUUUCGGGGUAUUGCAAAUGUUAGGAAAUGUUUCUUGAGUUAUUCUAGUUUGCAAUAUUCUUAAGCGAUAGAAGUAUUAUACACAGACUUUUAUCACUCACAGACUAAAAAGAUUAAAUUCCAGUUAUAAAGAUUUUGAAAGAAAUGCACAUCUUAGAGCUUGAAAUAAAAUCCUUUGUAAAUGAGAUUUUAAAACUCAUUACAAAGACUGACAAUAUUUUGAGAUCAGAUGAUAAGUUUGCUAGACACAUGAUUUCACUAGGUACUUGCACCAUACACCUUGCUUACUUUAGUUUACUUGUUUUGCUUCUCUCCCUCCUCUCCGCCUCUUACUUUUUGGGUAAGUUUCCAUUCCACACACUGGCUUCUCUGUGUUGAAUUGUCAGAUGCCUAGAGGUGGGCUGUGGCUUGGUUGCCAUGGUGACCUCCUUGUAAAGCUCUUGCCUGUAGGUUCCUUAAAUUUAUGGCUCUCACCCUUCUAUACAAUUGAUGUAACUUGUUUAAGCGACAGUUAACAUGGGGUUGUACAGUUGGUGGUCUAUAACUGUCAAAAGAAAACAUCAAAUAAUCAAGAUUUUUAUUCUGUUUUCCCUGAUGCUUUUCAGUGAAUUUGCUAAAGAGAGAGAAAGAGUUGAAAAUCGUAGGGCUUUUCUCAAAGUGCGUAGAACACAAAAGAUGGAGAGGCAUCUGCACGGUUAUAUAGAUUGGAUUAGUAAAGCAGGUAAAAUCUCUUUCGUAUUUUUAUAAUUUUGUAUACUUAGGAAAAUAUGUCAGCUGAAUUAGAGUCCUUGAUCAUUCACUUUCUCCUUGCAAUAAACAUCAUCUUUUAAACAUUUUUUAUCAAUUUAGUAAUUUAGCUAACAUUACAGUGAUCAGAUCAUUCUUGCUUUAACUUCAGUUCAAGUGUUGUGUCAUAUUUCCAUGUAAAAUCUUCUCUACAUCCAUCUAGAAAUUAAAUUCAUUCUACAAAAGUAAUUAUUGUUUUAUUAAAAGUACUUUUUUCUGUGGAAACCCUUUUUUCUCAUCAGAGGAUCUAAUGUUAGAGGAAGAAGAGGAAGAAGAUGGAAAUGUAGACUUGUCAAGAAGAAGAAAUCUUGAUAGAGUGGAGGAUGGAGAUGUAGCAAUGACUUCUGUUGUGCUUACAGGACAGUCAGGAAGAAGGCACAGAUUGAACACGGGAAAAAAGUUAGUGCUUGUGGCAAAUUCCUUGGGUACUGAAAUUGGGAGAUUUUUAUCCACACCCAUAUGUGUGGGCACCUGAGUUUGUAGAGACAGUAUAACUUAACCCUCUCUCUCCCAGGAUCUAAUCUAAAUGUCAAUUCUCAGUAAUGUUCUCCAUGUGUUGCUUAUGAAUCAAGUUCUGAGAAUUUGAUGUUAAAUCAAGCAGUAUUCCCUUGCUGAUAUUUUCUCUCUUCUUAUUACCUUUCUGCUUGAAAACAUAUGGAUUUUAUAAGGAGAAAUUCCUUAUUGGUCACUCCUGGGAGUGAAGGCUUGAUGAUUACUGUGCUAGCCUCUAGUCUGAGGGAUCUGGGUUUAAGUCCUGGGCCCUGGCCUUGCCUUUGUGUUAUGUGUAUGGGUGACAUUGUUCUCACAGAGAUGCCAACAAGAGCUGGCAGCUGGCCAAAACGUCUUGCUAGUUCACCCUUUUUUUAGCAGGCUUCUGCUCAAAGUAAAGGAAUGCAAUAGAUUAAAUAAAGGCGAAGAAAAAUAGUCAACAACACAUGAUAUUAUGCAUGCUCACCCAUCUAAGAAGUAACCACAGCUGACAGGGCUAAAGCUCAGCAAGAAGCACAAGUAUGUGCUGCUACAACAACACUCAAGCAACUUUUUAACAUGGUCUGUCACAGCCAUCCCACAUAAAAAAAGUUAACUACCUUUGUCCGAUGUAAACACUCCUAAAUGGAACAGAUCCUAAUUAUUAUUUUGUUUUUAUAUUACCUUGCACAGGAAAAGUUUAUGGCAGAGAUUUCUCAGGAAAAACAAACGGUGGAAAAUCCGUGUUAGACAAGUGGUUAAACAUCAGGCUUUUUACUGGACUGUACUUAUAUGUGUUUUCCUCAACACAGUAAUCACUGCAUUACAACAUUACAAUCAACCUAAGUGGCUUACAAAGUUUCAAGGUAAUUGUAACUACUUGAAAUUUGAUGUCCACCUUACUAAAGAGUUGAUCGCCAACUUUAAGUUGUUGUGUUUUUGUGGUUAUGAGUGAAACCAAUUAAAUUGGAAUUGUUUUUCUCACACACUACUGCUGGGGUUAUUAAUGGACAAUUUGUAUACUGAUGUAGGGUGUAUUGGGUUGUGUGGCCUUUAAUAAGUAGUUGCUCCUAUUGGAUUAAAUUGGCUUUUCUACAGAUCUUUUCCAACUUCCUCACCAACUCAAAAGAUUUCAGUGUAAGUGCUUUAUCUAGAAAAAUUCUGACAAUCUGAAAAGCACCUUUCAGAAAUUUGUGACAGCAGUUUGAGACAAUUUAUUCAUUUCUAUUUUUCAUCGACUUUAAGGAAAUAAUCAGUUAAGUGCUUCAUCUGCGUGCUGAUACAGAAUGACAGUUCAGUAAUAAAGUUAACUUAUCGUUGUGAUAAACUUAUUGUUGUGAUAUUAGCAGAGCUCUCGACAUUAUUUUCUGCCAAAGAGUGUGAUUUUUUACUGCAUAGCAUUGAUUCCCUGGAAAGUAGUGAAAAAAAUUGAAGUAGCUAAGAUGUGUGUUCCUUUAUGCUGAGCAUUUGUGGUGAGAGUCAACAUUAGCAGUCCACAAUCAGAGUGUGAGGAUGUGCAAUAGUCAAUGCACUGACUAGUUGAAAUCAAGAGAUCCUCGCAGCUAAGAACCGGUAUCGCAGAGGUCAUGGGUUCAAAUCCUGUACGGGCCUGAAUUUUUUUCAGGUCCUAUUUACAACUACUCGUUUCAGUAGUGCAAAUAUAUGAAUUUUCAUAUAUCUAAAAUCUGCACUGACUAGUGUUAGUAAUGGUGGCUCUGCAAGAGACUUUCCACUGUUAGAAAGUGUUCAAAGCAGGUGCAAAGGGAAUAAGGAGUAAAUUUGUAUCAAGAAGAUAAUUGAUUUAAUAUGCACUGAAAUAAAGCAGCAGUUUGCUAUCUCAAAAUCAACAGUUAAAAUUAGAAACCGUAAAUGAGUUUUUUGGCAUAAGUCUCACACUCAAUGCACAAGACUUGAGAGCUCUGUGUUGGGUAUCAUUUUGAAUACUGUAUCAGCAUCCACUGUCAGAGGCAAACCAUUACUCUUUUUUCUUUUCUCUAUAGUAUACAAUUACAUACAAGUUAUUGCUUUGUUCAAAUUUACUUCCAUACUAGAUGUUGCAGAGAUUGUGUUCAUCACUUUCUUCUUCUUUGAGAUGAUGCUGAAGCUUUAUGGUCUUGGUCCUCAGCUGUACUUCAAAUCUCAGUUCAACACAUUUGAUUGUGUGGUAAGAAAAGGGUUUCUUUGUUAAAUGUCAGCUUAUCAAGAAGUCGGGAUAUUUGCAUGUACAAACAGUGAGCUGAAUGUUAAUGAUACCUUAUUUUCUCAAAUAAGUGCCCACACUUUAAUUUGACAUGCAUGCACAAACAGUGAGCUGAAUGUUAAUGAUACCUUAUUUUCUCAAAUAAGUGCCCACACUUUAAUAAGUACCAUCCCCCGAAUAUGUACUGACCACUGUGGCCAUUGUAUCAAACAAUUGCACCUCUUGAAUAAGUGCCCCCCUCCUCCCUCACUUUCUUGAAUAACAAGGUUGUAAGAAAAAUCUGUUUCUACUGCCAUUUUAUUUAUAACUUUUCAAGCUUCAACUACAGCAGAAUCAGUUAAGGAGAAUAAGAAGCCCCCCCUCAAUUAAGUGCCCUCCUUCCAGCAAACAUCCUUCCUUUUAGCUGAAAUUUUAAAUAAUAGCCUUAAACAGCCAUACUUUCAUUUAUUUCAGGUUGUGUGCUGUGGUAUUAUUGAACUAAUUAUUUCAAAAGCAGAAGGAACAAGCUUGGGUAUAUCUGUACUUCGACUCUUGAGGCUUUUAAGACUUUUUAAAUUUACCAGGUAAAAAUUUAGGCUUGUCCUUUUGUUUUUCAAGUGAUGCCGUAUUUCAUGUCUAAGACAGAUAGCAAAGUGUUGGGAUACUUUCUCUCUCACAACCAAAUUGGUUUCACAAGUUUAAAGUUUGAUUUUUAAUGCUAGAUUAUCCUUCAUGUUGUUUCUUUUGGCAAACAAGCUAGAACACUGAUUUUUUUUACUGCACCAGGUAUUGGUCCUCUUUGCGCAACUUGGUGACAUCCCUGUUAAGCAGUGUCCGAUCCAUCCUCAGUUUGCUGUUCCUUCUCUUCCUGUUCAUUGUAAUUUUUGCUUUACUGGGAAUGCAGAUCUUUGGUGCAGGGUAAGUUUAUGAUAGAUCAUAUUCCAAUAUUUUGAUUUUCUUUUAUUUGUUUUAAUCUUUCCAGUUUCCUUGUUGCACUUCUCUGAAUGGUCUUGAGGUUCAUUAGCAUUUGCACCAUCAGUGAUCUUAAGUAAAAGCAUAAACUGAAGAAUAACUGGCAACUCAUAUUAGCUCAAAGAACAAGCAUGAUUUCAUACAUUUUCAGUCGAGGGGUGGCAAUUAUGUGUGAGGCAAGGGACUCCUCUCCUCUGGCUUGUUGCGUACCUUGCACUUGCCUCUUCUUGCAUGAAUACGCCCAACAAAAUUGUGUUUUGCAGGCUAAAUUUCAAACGACUUAAGAGUUGAAAUGUAUAAUGGUUCAAUUGUGGGUUUAAAAAGGCUUUUUAAAAAAACAAACAAACAAACAAACAGCAUAAAAAUCGUGACAGUUAUCAACUAGGGUUUUAACGUGAAUUUUGACCUACAGUCUGUAGUCAAAAAUGAUGGUCAAUUUUCAUUCUUGUCAUCAUCUAACAGCUUCAGGGAUCUUCCUGGAAGAGAUGCUAAUCCUAGAACGAAUUUUGACAAUUUCUGGAAUGCUGCAUUAGCUGUUUUUCAGGUAAGAUGUUAAAUCAAGUACAGUUUUUUUUCCUAAAUCAUAAUCUGGCAAUUCUAGACACAAGUCCCCUUUUGAGGUUUAACAUAUUUUAAGUUCAGAUUUAAAGACAAUGAAAUAACUCUCAAAUGUAAAACAUUAAAGUUAUUGUAACUGAUUGAAAAGGUUAAUUUUCAUCUCUGCCAGUGGAAAGUGACCUUCACUAUGUGGAAAUUUCAUUUGAUUGUAACAAAUUACAGCUCUGAUCAGGAAGAGUAACUGAUAGAGUUUGUAAAAGGCCUUUUGUUCUUUUUACUUCGACCCAUUGUGUCGUUCUUUUAAACUCAACGUUAAAAGUAUCAUCCAUUCGAUAUUUUCUUUCUUCCCAAUGCCUGUCUGCUUGAUAUCGUAUUGCAUCUAAUUUCUCUCUACAUUUAUUAUAUCACUCUUGAAUCAAACACUAACGUCAUGAAUACGGAGGAAAUAAUCACCAACUGAAGCAGCUCUUGAUUGUUUAACAAAUUCUCUCAGUCAGCACCCUAGGAAAUGUAUAGGGAACAGUGUGAGGAAUAAUCGUACUGGAGUUAGUCUGUAAAGGGUCAAAACGGGGUCUACUUUAUUUAAGUUUUACUGAAUAUCGUUUUCUGUUCAUAUUUAGAUCUUAACUGGGGAAGACUGGAAUGCCGUAAUGUAUGAUGGCGUCUUGUCACAAGGAUACCCUGAGAAACCUCUUGCUCUGGCUUCGGCGUUGUAUUUUGUUUUACUCGUUGUACUUGGAAAUUGUAUCCAAUGAUACCAUAAUAUUUAAAUUAAUUUUCAUAUUAUGAGCAAUGAUAAGUGUAACAUGACGGCAGAGCGAGUUUUGACUGAGUGUCAAAAGUAACCCGGAAUUUUUUUUUUUUUUUUUUCACCAAACGAAGCUCCGUUAUUGGUCAGAAAUUACACCCACUAUCUUAACCGAUCAAAUGCAAAACUAAAACCGAUUGCGUUUUCCUGCGCUUCAGAAAGUUAGUUUGUUUUUCGACUUUGAGUUCUGGUAAGCUCUGUGUGGUCUUUCAUUGCUGUUCUGGGUGCUCUGAUUACUACGUUUCACGACACUCAGCCGUAAAGCGCUCUUAUACCAUGUUUCGAUGGAGAUUCCAAUCAGUUCUGACCAUCUUGUUAUCAAGACCAACAUUUCAUGACCCCGAGUUGGACUGGUCCUCCGUCUAAGCCAAAUGGGUUGACGGAAAGAUCAGUAGAUCGUUACAACAUUUGUACUACGGAGUAACAAAGCGCCAGAAAACAGUCGAUGUGUGUCUUCCUGCCAAGUUUUUCUUUUGAAUUGGAGCCAGUAAUAUGCCGGUAAAACUUGGCAAAAUGCAAGAGGAAGUAACGUGAGAUGAACUACGAGUGCCAUUGAAUCUAGGAAUGGGGGAGGGGGGGGGGGGGGGGGGGAAGGGAAGAUUGUUCUCUUAAUAUGCAGUCAAUUCAAGAUACGACAUUGGUUGGCAACAGGGGUGAUUUUGUUAUAUAUAACGCCAUUUAAAAUAACUGUUUAGUGAGAAUUUUAUAUGCACCUUAACAAAAUGACCAGAUACUCUUCUUAAUGUAUUCUUGGCCAUUGCUGUGGACAACUUGGCAAAUGCUCAGCAACUGAGUCAGGACGAGGAAGCAGAAGAAACUGCAAGAGAAGAAAGGAAAAAAGAAAUCGUUGAUCAGUACCGAGAUUAUGGCUCUCCCGGGCCGAGCCCAGGGUGAGACGCAUAAUAAAUUUUAUGAUUUAAAUGUGGAGUCUUGUAACUGUUUUUCCAUCUUUAAGCGCUAAGCCUAACUUUUUUUUAAACUCGAUAUGUUUGGUUGAUGUAGUUCUAAUAUGUUUCUACUUGUUCCCUCAGACGCAACGGAGAUGCGAGAAGGGUGAGACUUCUUUGAAAGUUCUUUUUUUGUUUUAUUCAAUAUCUUGGAAUUAUUAUUGUUACCUUCUUUUUAUUUGCUCCAUCUUUAAUUCAGAAGCAAUUAAUGCAAUCACGUGUAUUCAAUACUAACGUUUUGAUGCUCUAUGUGUAGGGUUUUGAUGAAGCUGGACCUACUGAAGAUGAAUUCGAGUCAGAAGCUGAUGAUGGUAUGUUUAGCAACCGUUCCCUUUUUAUUGUGGUUAUUUUGCCAAAAGUUCCCUCUUCUGUUCGGUUGUGUCGCCAUUCAGAGUUCAGUGGUAAUGCACCUUACGGAGAGGGGUUAGGGUGGGGCAAACAAUGAUAGAGAGGUAUUUAGGGUCACCUGACGGCUAUCAAUCAAUCAUGUCGCAGGGGUGGUCUUAAAAGUGGCCACGAAAGGUAAAUGCUAUGAUUGAUUCUUUUUUACGCGUUGGUGAUUGGUCAAUUCUAGUCAUGUGUAAGUGAUUAUGCUCUCUCAUUAACCAGUGAGUUGCGUGUGAUACUACUGUUCAGGUUUGGAGAUCUCCAUCACAGAAUGUACAUCUUGGAAAAGAGUAAAUCUUCUCAAUCCUGGCCUUCUACUUCAUUUAUUUCACUUAGGGACAAGUCAUUGUUUAUCGCCGGAGGGGGAAGGGGGGGGGGGGGGGGGGGAGGGGAUGUUGUAUUCUUAUAAAGCCCCUUUCCCUUGUACUAUAUUAACUCCCUCCAUUCACCCUGAAAAAUCCUCCCUACCCUCUCCACUCUUUGUCUAUCCUGUAAGCAGUUAUUUACUGUGAACGUUUCCUUCAAAUGGACAACAAUUUCCUGUUUACUUUCAGGCCGACCAUCAUUUCUGAGCAAUCUUAGAAACCCUGGCAGAAUGGUUCCCCAACAAAAGCCAGGAGAUACUGUACCGAUCAUAAACACUUGGUCCUUAUUUCUCUUCCCACCUGGAAAUCCGUGAGUGAAAGCACGAUAAGUAAUGUUGAUAGGACUGAGAGGAGUCCAAUUCGGUCUGUAAUCACAUGAGUGAUCAACAAAAUAGGACGACCGCAAAGUGGGAGUCCGAUUUUUAAACUACGGGUAUGAUUACAGAUAAAAUUGGACGAUACGAAGUCCUAUUACCAAUUGAUUAAAACUAUGACGAAAUUUGAGAAACACACCGGCCAUCGGUUUUCAUAAACGAAACAAUAGUCAACUCGGCGAAACCAGCGUCAAAAGUGCAUAGUCUCCAGUUAUACAAGCAGAACGCAUACGCUUCCUAUGAGUGCUCAAAUUGGGCCGGUGAUAACCAAUUACGUUCAAAUAUUUUGUCAUAGUUUUGAUUAGAUUCAAAAUAUUUUGUAGUAGUCUUCAUUUUGUGAGAAAGCCAUUACAAUGAAGUACGAGUGAGAUACUGUUAAAGUUUAGUGACAGGUUGCCCAAGUUUUUUUUUCUUGUAAAAAAGGCAUUGAAGCUGCACAAUCUGCUGUCUUAAGUGUGCUACAAGGUUACCCAUGCCUAUGUCUGCCCAUUUUUCAGUUUUGUAUUUACUCUGUUUGAAAUAUUUCACCAACUUCUGUAUGACGUUUACUGAGUUUUAAGUGCGCAAGAAUGAGUAGUGUAGGGAUUUUGCAACGACACCUCUUUAUAUUAUUGGGGAGUUUUUCUGUCGAGGGUCGUAGAAAAAAAGCAAAGUAAUCAAAACUCACAAUCAGAACAAAGGAAAUUAUCCUUAGGAACCAAUCAGAACAAAGGUUUUUGUCACAAGGAACCAAUUAGAAUAAAGAAAAUUAUCCUUAGGAACCAAUCAGAACAACUGAAAUUGUCACAAGGAACCAAUCAGAACAAAUGAAAUUGUCACAAGGAACCAAUCAGAACAAAUGAAAUUGUCACAAGGAACCAAUCAGAACAAAUGAAAUUGUCACAAGGAACCAAUCAGAACAAAUGAAAUUGUCACAAGGAACCAAUUAGAACAAAUGAAAUUGUCACAAGGAACCAAUCAGAUCGUAAGUGCUAAUGUCCUGUAGCGCGUGAAAACGCUGUAAGCUUUUGACACCCCAUUGAAAAUUGCUUCCUUACCUCUGACAAUGCAGUAAAUCCAUGUCAUGAUAUAUUGUUUGUCUUUUCUGAAGGGUACGGAAAGCAUGUCACUGGCUGGUGAAUUUAAGACAUUUUGACAACUUCAUCCUGGUCAUCAUCCUCAUCAGUAGCGUCUUAUUGGCUCUUGAAGAUCCAGUUUACGAAAAUUCCAAACGAAACCAGGUAAGAAGCCGCGCAGUUUUAGUUGCCGUUGUGAAGAGAUUAAGAUAACUGUGUGAGUAUGGACCACUGUGUGGCUCCAAGGUUAGUGCACUGGACUCCGGGUUGAGGGGUCUGGGUUCGAGACCUGGCCGGGUCACUGUGUUGUGUUCUCGGCCACAAAAGACUUGACUCCCACGGUGCCUCUCUACACCCAAGAGUAUAAAUGGGUGCCGGCGAGUUGUCAGGAAAGCCUGACUAACAUGACUAGUCGCCUCAUGUCAAGGAAACCGGGAUAAGCUCCGGCUGGGUGGUCACUUGGAACGAGUACAGACUUCUACUUUAUGAACAACUGUCGAGAACUGACUGUUUGGAGAGGUUCACCUGAAGUUUUCUUCAAUCACCUCUUAUUCGACCCAUUGUCACUUUUCCCUAGCCUCAUGACAUUGUUUGAACUAAAUGAUUAGUGGUAAGUGACUAGGUGUAAUAACAAUGAUAACUUUUGAAUUUUUUAGGUGCUGACGUAUUUUGACUAUGUAUUUACCACAAUAUUUGCAAUGGAGGUGAUUGUCAAGGUAAUCUAUCUCAUUUCCCUGUAUUUGUAUGUCCCAGUCAACGCAAACACCAUGCAAAAAGAUCGUAGAAACGUAAGGGAGCUUAAUGAAAUAUAACAGUUUCAGAAACGCUGGUUUAGUAUCGCCCAAUGAGUGAUCCGCGAUUGCACAAGUUUUACUCGGCGCCUGGUAAUUGUUUCGAACUUGUAGUUCAAACUUUGGGCCGGUUACCUGUGUUUUCAUUAGCUCCUUCUAAAGUUUUCUUUGCUCUGAUCGGUUGCUGCUCUAAAUCAAGGAUUUUUACUCCCUGAGCCAGGCAAUUAGAGAAUCCGUGAUUAUUUUUAAGCGUGAUGGUUUAAAUCUUUGAUCUACAUUAUUAUUAUUUAUUUUAGUUGAUAUCUUUUACAGUCUAACAAUUUUUAUAUAUUUCAGCGUCGAAUUUUAUCGUUGAUUGUGUGUAUUUUAUGUUUUUCAACCGAACGAGAUCCUUUCUCAAAACCAUAUUUGAUUGAAAAAGUUAUCUCAAUAAAGAAUGUCAUAAAUUAUUAAAUCCUGAUUAAAAAAACUCCCUUAUUAUAGCUAUGGAUUGUUUUUUCCUCGCAGCUGAUUGACUACGGAGCAAUUCUUCAUCCUGGCUCGUACUUCAGAGAUGCCUGGAAUUGUAUCGAUGCCCUGGUAGUAUCCUGUGCCAUAGCAUCGCUUGUGAUGAGGUCAGAAGCAUUGUUUUAUUGCUUUGUUUAAACCUUUACACUCUUACAUCAAUAUGGAUAUUCUCCUUGUUAUCCCCCGUAUAUUUCCUAAGGUGCUGGCAAGGAGAAUUUGUUUGACAAUCAAGAGCUUUUUUAGUUGGUGAUCAUUUCCUUUAUUCUCGGAAACUUAAUGUGUAAUUCAAGGGUUUUAUUGUGAGGAGAAACUUGAUGCUUAUCACCCACACAAAGGGUUACGAGAAGGGGUAGACACUUUCCUCUCAAUGUGCCCUCCUCCACUAAGAUGUAUCACUGGAUGCCAGCGCAUCGUCAGGAGAACUUGACGAAAUGCUGAGUUUGGGGGGUGGGGGUAUUAAGGCCGAGCAGAAAUAAUCCUAGUUGCUUCAGUCCAAGAAAACCGAGACUAGCUCUGUCAAUGUUUGUCACUUGUAUCGUGGGAUUGACCUUAACCUUUAACCGUAAAAGACAAUAUGCUUCAAAGCAGCAAUAUUUUCUUACCGAUGAAAGGCCAGAAGUUGAAAGGUUUUGGCUCUUAGACAGUUUUUCUUUCAUACGCUAAUAGAAUAACUGUUUAUUUUGUUUGUUUGUUUCGUGCAGCAAUCAGGAUCAAUCCACUAUAAACCCACAGUCUAAGAAGACAGUGAAAGUUUUGCGAGUUCUCAGGGUUCUUCGGCCUCUCAAAGCGAUAAACAAAGCCAAGAAAUUGAAGGUGCACUUGAUUAUGAUUUUAGACUCUACUUUUGAGAAUUUUACUCGGUUCGUUCAUGGAAACAAGACUUGUUAAAAAACGAGACUUAAAUUGUACUUGUGGAGGCAAAAACUCCAUUAUUACUCCGAUGAAUGAAAAUUACGCUCAUCCUAUUGGCGGUAUUAGAGAAAGACACAAAAGCUUAUUGGAUCAAUGUCAGUAUCUAAGCAACUGCUCACCUACCCCUCCCAUAACCUAACAAUAACAAUAUUGACUGUUUUUGGGUUAGGGGAGGAGUUGAUGCGUAGUUGCUUAGAUACUGACAUUAAUUCAGCCUAUUCCUUGCAAUUUGAAACUACGUCAAAGCAAACAGUGCACUUUAAAAGGUUUCCAGGUCAUAUAUACAUUUAAACAUAAAACGGUAAAAACGAACGAUAAAAUCCGACGUUUCGGAGUAGUCAUGACUCCAUUAUCAAGGUAAAAUAUACAAGAUCAUGCAAAUUACAGCAUUUAAACGAUUUUGGCGCGAAAAAUUAACAUCAGAGGGUUAACUUCAAAGGGUGCGAAGAUUAUGAAAAUACUCUCGUCCGAAUACUUUCGCCCGUCAAUAUUUAUGUAAUGAAAUGCUUUGCAAAGUAAUUUCAAAGCCUAGGGUUAACACUAUGUUCAGUCUGAGCCUUAAAGUUAGAUAUUGUUUUUAAAAAGAGUAAAUGUUACAAAAGUGUACAACGCUAACCUACUGGGGAUACAAUCUGACAAUAUUUUUGCGCCAUUUCAGGCCGUCUUCCAGUGUAUGGUGUACUCGCUGAAGAACGUUCUCAACAUUUUAAUCAUCACUUUAUUGUUUCUGUUCAUCUUCUCUGUUAUUGGAGUUCAGCUUUUUCAGGUAACUUACGUUACUAGUAGAUGAUAUCUUUAUUACAGGCAUGAUUUCUCGAGCAUUAAAUUAGCCUGGUGCAGGCUCUCGGUCAGCGGAGAAGGACAAAAGAGCGGGUGAUCCAAAUAGUGCGCUAGUCAAGGAGACGCCUUCCAAAUUUUUUUCUUUACCUGAGCUCUUGCCCCUUUUUGAAAUCCCGCCUUUUCGUUCCUUUCCCCAGACUAAGGAGCUUGGAAAACGGCAGGCCAGCAUUAGGCAUAACAAUCCGUCAAAUAAUUGAAUGAAAACAAAAACUAAAACAGCCUGGCAUGCCCAAAAAUGCCUGUUCAACCCUCGUAUUGGAAUCCCCCCCUCCCCCGCCCCCACCACAUUGAGCCCGUUCUUGUCUUAUGGCUGUGUCAUAAACCCACAAGGAAAUAAGAAACAGCAACGAAAAUUCAAGAAGUAAACAGCCCGUAAUGUACUUUGUGUUUUUUCAGGGAAAAUUUUUCAUGUGUGAUGAUCCCUCGAAGAUGACUAAAGAGGAGUGCCAGUAAGUUUUCCUUAUCUCUCCACCAUUUUACACAGUUUCUCGUGGUAGUUAGACCAGUUAGCCUCUUCACGCCUCUUUAUCAAGGAUUGGAAUCGAUGACAUAUGAGCUUGAUCUUGAUGUCUUAAACAUUUUUUGAGUCCGUCAUAUUCAUCUUCCAAUUGAAUGAGUUUGAGGGCCUGCUCAAAGACGUCUGUGAAGCAGUUCAUACCCAACAGAAUAACCUUACCUAUAGGUGUAUGGUAAUUGUCUUUUAUUCUUUUCAUAGAGGAAAAUACUUAAGUUACCCCGAUUUGACAGACAUGUCCAACGUUGAGGUAAGUAGCUCUGGAGACUUCAACACUAUCGCUCUGUUUUGUACCCAGACCUUCCACGGCCAAGUGAUCGUGAGGUCCCCACGUUUCAGUUACGCUGUGGGAUAUGGGUACGAGAUUAACUUCAACAUGCCCCCGGGAAAAUGUUUGUAGCUAAUUUUUUUAAUCGCUUCACAUCGACAAGUAACUUUGUCCUUUAAAAAUUGGAGAGACAUGAAACGAGAAUGGUUAUCACAUAAUGUAUUUUUAGAAGCGUCAAGCGACAUUAAUCGUGGCAGCUACGAAGAAUUGUAUCUGACCUGGAAUGCGAAAGUGCAUUGUUGAAAUGGGACUUUGUGGCGGCAAUGGAAAUGGCCAUAAAAAGGCAGAAAUCUCCGAAUGAUAGCAUCAAAGUGCUAACGAUAGAUCGGAAGGAAGCAAGGGCGUUUGAAAACAGAGAGGAUCUGAACAGAUUCGAAACGACGAUGUUGAGACGUAGAGAAGGAUGUCUUGUCAUGGGUGUGUGACAAAGCAAAAAUUUCGCGCUCCGAUGUACUACCACUGUACUACUACAGUUAGGCCAUAACUAGUUGGAUCAAUGUCAAUAUCUGGGCAACUGCCCACCUACCUCCCCUAACCCAACAUUAACCCUAACUUGUUAUCAAUUGACUGUUGUUGGGUUAGGGGAGGGUAGGUGGGCAGUUGCCCAGAUACUGAUAUUGAUAGUUUCAUACGUGACACGCUCUCGCAUGCUGCAAAGGUCAGCAAUGUCAGAAGCGUCAUAUGGGAGAUUAGAUUAUCAAAGAUGGUAGAUUUGGUGCUUAGUAAUGAAGUAGAGAAAGAUGUUUUAAGACGCGUUCAUAAAACCAUAGUGUCUACGUGAUUGGUUUCAUCUAACACAAACCCUUUUUAUGAAUUUUUGUCAUCCUACUAGGUCCAAGAUCGAACAUGGGAGUUACAAGAUUACAAUUUUGACAAUGUAAUCAAUGCAAUGUUAGCGCUGUUUACGUCAUCUACAGGAGAGGGCUGGCCAGCGUAAGUUCCCCCAACAAGUGAAUAGCUUGUUACUUUUCGUCUCAGUAUCAUCACAUGAGCCAGCAAUAUGCUGAUUAGAUUAGACAAAGAACCCAACAGGAGGUUGUUAUCUUGAUGUGACAGGAUUUCUCAUAACUGAUUUCCAAGAUAACUAGGAACAAUUUGAAGAAAGAAUCUAGGGGUUUAGGGGUAUAUCAGUGGAUUUCAGGUCAGUUUAAGUGAGCUUUUGCACAGUAAAGAAAUUGUGUGCCCAUUUUUCAGGCUCGAAACCCAAAAACCCAUUCCUUGUCGAUUGGCGCGUACCUUUUCAAGCUAGAUAAGAGACCCCACCCCUCCCCCCGAGAAAAUUUUGACUCAUUAACCGCUGAACGGAAUUUUACGUUGCCCCCUUGCAGACUCAUGCAGGCCUCUAUCGAUACAACAGAAGUCGAUCGUGGACCGAUCGUGGAUAACAAUGUUCAGAUUUUGCUCUUCUAUAUUUUCUUUGUGGUGGUUUUUUCGUUUUUCUUCUUAAACAUUUUCGUGGCUCUUAUCAUCCUCACUUUUCAAGAACAAGGCGAAAAGGAUCAGGGAGAAUGUGAACUGGACCGGAAUCAGGUGAGUUGUUGAUCCCAGCUAAAAUAAAGUUUGUACUGAUAUGUAAAAUCGAUUAAACCUUUAACCCAUAAGAGUGACUAGCGUUUAAGUUCUUCUUACAAUAUCACCCCUGAAUGAAAGAGUAAGGUCAUGAGAAUAUAGGAAAUGGUCAGCAACAAGAAAAGCCCUGGAUUAUGAAACAAAUUCUCCUCAUCAGCACCUUUGGGAAUGUAUAAGGAACAGUAUGGAGAAUAUGCAUAUUGAUGUUAGAGUGGAAAGGGUUCAUACGCACGGGUGUGAAGCCAGACUCGGAUCAAGGGGGAAAAGAAAAAAAAAAGAAAGAAGUCAAUAAUUACUUGUUAGAAAGUUUUUUAAAUUUAUUCUUAAGGACGCUAGUAUUGGAGUGUUUUCAAUUUUGCAACUAAGGGUGUUGAAAAACUUAAGGCCUUGAAAGGAGACGGAGAAUUGCCUUCUGUGUGUGACAAGCUUGUCUGCAUAACAGCAAUCAGAAGGUUAUGAAAAAGAGAUACCGCUUUGAAUUUUUAGUUUUAAACGUAAGAGCUCGAAGCCAAUUGGUGGAUGAAUUCAACGAACAUGAAUUACAAUGCGGAAGUGAAAAUCCAUCCCACAAGUUUACUGGAAAGGGUUUCUUACAAAACGUCUUAUCUUUCCUUCAUUAGAGAGACUGUCUUCAUUUCGCUAUUGUGGCCAAACCUUCCGAGAGAUUCAUGCCGGAAGAUCCUAACACGUGGCAGUACCGCAUAUGGACGAUCGUGGAUUCUAGACCGUUUGAGUAUUUUAUCAUGUUACUCAUUGCUCUCAAUACGCUCAUCCUAACUAUGAAGGUGAGUAUAGAACGCAGGCUUUUGUCAACACUCAAAACCCGGUUGACGCACCGGAGUUCCAACGCAGGAUGGAGGGGGAUUCCUUUUACAAUCUAAGCGCUGUCCAGAAGUAAUCAUGGUAACACUCUAAUAGGCCGUAUAUAUUCCAUGAACCACUCGCCAAGACCUUCUCAUAAGUUCCUUGCUUCUCCUAUAAGUUAGCUCUUCCCCUGCCUCUAAAAGAGUACUAAAAAUUACCUAGAUAUAGCUUAUCCUUUUGGGUCAAUUGACGUUACAAUACUUGUACGAGCGUCUCAAUGGGGUUAACCUUUAGCCGUGAAACGGCCAACACAUUUAUCCGUCACGCGUAAAAAUUGACAAAUUUUAACCGUUAGUAAUGAAAAAAGUUAACCGUUAAAAUUUUUCUUUAAAUUGCAAAGUAAGGAUGUUCUAACCGUACGUGUAAACAUUGACAAACUUUCUUUAAAUUGCAAAGGAAGGAUGUUUUAAUCGUAGCCGUAAAAUGGCCAAAAUUUUAACCGUUAGCCGUAAGAACCAUCACCCCAUUGGGACCCGAUUGUACUUGACGCCUUGCAAUAGUCUUCUAGUUAGAUAUUGUAAGUUUUUGUUUCAUUAACCAAAAAAGUGCAUUUGGCUCACUAGUGAUUGUAACAGGGCGAUAGUCAGAAGGAAAGAAAUGAUUAUCAUUUGAUAGCAUUUGAGAGCCUUGGGAGUGAAUGAAUAAGUCCUUUGAGUCUUCAUCAACUGACCACGCUUGGUUUGAUGAUUAGUUUUGGAUCACAAUUUAGAAUGCUUGGCGUGAUUGAUUUUAGUGUUGCAUUUGAUUGUUGGAAAGAGUGGUGCGAGUUUUUUGGACCAAUCACAGAGCGAAUUAAAGCAAAACCAUCAAUCUCAGAUUACUUUCGACGCACGAUUGAAAUCUGCUCUCUAGUGAUCGGCGACGGAAGAAAUUUGUCUGUGCAUUUAAUUUAAUUCAAUACGCUCUACGCAUACCAACUGUGCUUUCCUUCUACUUACCAGUUUCAUAAUGAGCCUCCAGAGUAUCGAUACGUUCUAAACACGUUCAACACAGUCUUUACCUUCAUGUUUACUGGAGAGGCUAUCUUGAAAUUGUUUGCCUUCCGAACGGUAAGUGGUGUCUUAGUUUUUCCUAGGACUUUAUAUUUAAGUUGAUGUUUCACAUUGACCAGGUCGUAAUGCUGUAUGUCGAUGGCAUAUAAAUCGGAUAUCCACAGUCUUCCUUGACUUUCAGGAAGAAGUGCUUUAAUCGAGAUUAAUUUUUUAAACGGCGUUUUCCGAAAACACUAUCAUUUCACCGACGGCACAUCUCUAUCUGAAUAAGUUUGAAAAGGAAGUGCUGCCUUGGUAUCAUAUGGAUAACAGAGCGUGCGCUAAUACUGAUUGAGAGGUGACUGUUACCGAAACAUGCUGGACGUCAGCUUUAUGAAAUCCUUGGAUUCCAUGAUAAUGACCGAAACUUGGUUUUCUGCAAAUGUAAAAGAAAGGCCAAACCGGGCAGAAACAGUUAUUGUAUUACUUCUGUGUUCUCAUAGUUCAUUAAAAAGAGUACUUUUUGGACGGUGGUUAAAAGUAUUAUUCAGAGCUUAUUUAUAAUGUUUUUUUCUUUUUCGUUUUACAAGAAUUACUUCCGAGACAACUGGAACGUUUUUGACUUCAUCAUCGUCUUGGGGAGUUUGUUGGACUUUGCUCUGUCGCGGAUCCAGGUAAUACUAGCAUAAUUAUAUUAAUCAACAACAAGACACUUUCUGAUUUUGGUGAUAGUGGAAUACUAAAGUUCCGCGCACGCAUUUAUAGCUAUAAAGAGAAAUACUGAAAAGUUCAAGGAGAAGAGAGUUAUCGGAGGAUGGCCUGGGGAAGAAAUUACCUAAGAAUGGAAGAACAAAACAUUGCAUGCCUCUAUUUUUUUUAAGCGUUGUUCAAACGAUUUUUCUUACUUGAAAGAAAACAGUGAAUACGGGACUAUUUUGCGAGAAAAACGAACAGAAAAGAGCACAGAAUUGUACUUGGAUCUAGGUGAAAAGGCCCUUUCGAGUUUGCGGCGUUUUCGAAGUAUCGAUAGUAAAAUUAUAGUUUAUCUAUGGAGCGAUUCGAAAGGAAAUCACUUUCGUUUUUUAAUGCGCACCAACAGAUGUUUUCAGUUACUGGUAGGUAAUGGUACUCUGCUCAGGAGAUCUGCGCGUAGUUACCAACGAUUGAAGUUGAGGUCUUCUUUGUACAUACUUUGCUGCUUUUCAUUUCCAAUUCACUCCGUCAUUCUACUUGCUAACUCUUUGGUCCCUGGGAUUAUAAGUUAGUCCUAGCCCAGCUCUCUGGUUACAUUUUAUCUCAAUCACAUCACUCUGUUUCCUCGCAGUCUGAUGAGAACCAGAUGCCUUUCGAUCCCAGUCUCUUCCGUCUCUUCAGGGCGGCUAGGUUGAUCAAGCUGUUAAGACAAGGUUACACAAUCAGAAUAUUGUUGUGGACCUUUCUUCAAUCAUUCAAGGUAAGCCAAAGCAUCUAAUAGCGGGGGAAUCAGACAAAUUUACUUUUAAAUUUGAUUAUAAUUCGCUAAAAGAAACGGUUUUUUCUAGUAGAAACGUAUAGUUUGGAGCACAUUUCUUACAAAUAUUCGUCUGCGCACUGUACCAAAAUAACUUCUGUUUGCUCUUGGUUUCAUCCGAUCUGCAUUGCUUGCAGUCAAAUCUAUGUCAGUUUACAUGCAACUAGUUUUCAGUCUCCCAACGGACACUUGAAUUAGGCAAAUACCAAAGGGAUAGAAGGAUAUGAACAUGACUUCUUGAAGUAAUGGCAAGUACUCCGCCAUAAUAGAACCUAACAUCAUCAUGGUCACCAGCGAAAUAUUGCUUCCAAAGAGUGCCAAGUAGAGGCAUAACAUGGAUUUUAGUAAAUUCGAUUUUUUCAACUGUGAAUGUUCUUUGUUAUAGGCUUUACCUUACGUUGGCAUGCUUAUUGGUCUUCUGUUCUUCAUCUAUGCGGUCAUCGGCAUGCAGGUAUGUUAAAACGGGGUAAGUUACUAAAGAAACUGGUACUGCGUCGGUGGGAGAGUAUAACAGGGUAAAUUGUUGGUUGGCCACCGUAAAGAUUUUCAAAGCUGACGUUUCUGACAUAGGGCUAACGCUUGAAGGGCUUCUCUGACGAUGGAUUGACGCUCAAAACGUCAGCUUUGAAACUCUUUACGGUGGCCAAGUUACUUCAUCAACUCAGCUGAUAAUACCAAAUUACCUUGUUAUGUAGGUAUGUUAGUUUAGGUGAUGAACUCUUGUGGAAGAACAUAUUGCCUAGCGGAUUAGCGGUUUUUUCUUUGUGUGUUUCCUGGCAUAAAUGUUUGCUGUUCAAGAAGAAGAAGUGGGUGGAGAAUGUGUUCCAUUCACAUUGUUGCUGGAGGCCUGGUACCGUGGUGCGUGGUGAUAGUUUUAAAUGGAUGUGAUUUGACGCUGUGGUCUUUUGCAGAUGUUUGGCCAAAUCAGCAUUGAGAAUGACGAUCGUGGUGGUAUGUGGGGAGAGAUUAACUCCAAUAAUAACUUCCAGUCAUUCCCAGCAGCCCUUCAAGUACUCUUCAGGUAGAAACAAUACAUUUACACUUGAGUCUUUUUUUCCUGAAAGCGUUGUGUGAGAUUUUAAGGUUAUACCGCUGAUAUACAACUCGUACUGUUUAGUGCGGGCUCAUCUGAUUAGAAAUUUACUUCUGAAAACUGAAAUGAUGGGCGACCGUAUGCUUAUGUACGUGCAGUAACACCUGGGGCCAAAAUAAUCCAAAGACAUUUCAUCAUGGUUGCGUUUACAUAAACAGCCUCGUUCACAUUUUGAACGAUCGUCUCUUGUCCUGCACUGGGAAAUGAUAUAUAUUUAAUUUGCGGAAAGAAGUCACUGCUCGAUUUACUUAAAGAAAUGAAGUUAGGGAAUUAUUCUCAUUAGAGUGUUUUCGGUGAUUGGCUUAAAACCGCAUCUAAAGUAACUAUAACAGCCAAUCAUAGCAAGGAAAAUAUCACGGGCAAAACGCGGGAAAACGCGAUUGACCAAGUUGCGAUUGGUUUUAGUGUGAAUCUGGUUGAUUGAGAAAACGGCACGAGUUUUGAGGACCAAUCACAUAACGAAUUAAGGCAAAACCAAAGCAAUUCUGGACAAUUUUCGACAUUUAAUUUAAAAUUGCUCAAACGUGGUAAUAACGACUCACGUUUUUUAGAGAAAAAACGUCGCAAAUUUGUUGACGUGCACACGAUAUACAACACUACGACCUCAUACCUUACUGAAUGGCCCAAAUCUAAAUUCAAUAUUUUCUCUCCCACCACAUUUUGCGCUUUUGUGCUCAGCUCCAAGAUCUUACAAUUCUUGCGUCACUUACGUGUUAAUGUUGAUUGGCUGGCUGAAAAGAUUGUCACGCUUCUUGCGUUACUGUUUAUACAGGUCCGCAACAGGUGAAAACUGGCACGUCAUCAUGAAGGCUUGUACAAGUGAUGCAAACUGUCAACUGACCGACAAGAAAUGUGGCAGCCCGUUCGCGUAUUUGUACUUCAUCUCCUUUAUUUUCUUUUGUUCUUUUCUGGUUAGUAGUGUUUUCUGGCUGUAUACUUUUUAACUUUUACCGAUUUUAUUUCGUGAAAGUGACCAACUUUUGCCCAACUGACUGACGAUAAUUAAUCGGUCACGCAGGUGGUUGAUAAUAUGAUUGGUUCAUAAGGUGAAAGUGUUUGAUAAAGUUAUUUAUGGUUGAUUAGUUCAUUUAUAAGCAAGACCUCUUUUCUAACUACAGCUUUUGAAUCUCUUCGUGGCUGUCAUCAUGGACAAUUUCGAGUACUUGACACGUGAUGAAUCUAUUCUUGGUCCACACCACCUGGACGAGUUUGUCCGCGUGUGGUCUGAGUUCGACCCAGGAGCCACGUAAGUUUCUCCACUGAGUCUUGUGUGUUCCUUAAAAUUGUAAAGAAGAGGGCGUUUUGAUUGAGUUUCGUGGACAAAACUAGAGUAAUCACCACGGCCGAUCAGAACCUGAGAAAAAUACCUUAAAGAGCCAAUGAGAAUUCAAAGGUAAAACAACCAAACUGUAAUUGGUUUAAGUUUUGCAUCUGAUUGGUUGAGAGAGUGGCGCGAGUUUUUUGGACCAAUCACAGAGAGAAGUAAAGCAAAUGAGAACUCAAAGUAAAUGAAUGUCCUUUACAGGCAGAUCUUACGCAAGAACGAACAAACGAAUGAACAAGGUAAUAGACCAGCGAAGGUACAAACGAACAAACAAACAGAUAAAUGAUGCAAAGAAACGACAACAGAACAAGGGAAAUAAUGCAUUGAUGAAUCAAUAUUUUAUUUAUUCCUUUAUUUGUGUGUUUGCUUUUCCUCAGAGGCCGCAUCAAACACACAGAAGUAUGUCAGUUGUUACGACAAAUGUCUCCUCCAGUCGGAAUCGGGAAGAAGUGUCCUAAGAUAGUUGCUUACAAAGUAAGUCAAAAGCAAAUUUGAACUUAAUAUAUUUAUACGUCAAAGGUGAAAACUCUGAGCGUCAAGUCUUUUAGUAUGCUCCCUUUCUGCGUCAUACGACACGGCGAUCAAGCGUCUGCGCAUGUGCAAAUGUUUUAAAGCUAAAAUUAACAUGAAACCUUAAGUUGAAUAAGCUCUGUGCACAAAAAGUCUCGACUUUUCCUUUUCCCAAUUGUUGUAGCUUUUCAUAAAUUUCUGUGAAAGUGUCAAUAUUUCUGUCUAUAUUUAGUGCAGAAGAGUAGCUUAACUUUGCGCGGGAAAUUGGCUUGAGGCAGCUGGCUAAAAAUUGAUCUUCUUUUCGCAUGCCCUUCGUUUGACCGCUGUGUUGCGCCGUAGAAGCAUGGUGUAAGCAUCUUAGAUUUUUCAGAUGUGGUUACACUUAUCACUUACUUUUAUCGGUUUCUUUUUCAGCGCCUGAUCAAAAUGAACAUGCCGCUGCAUUCUGACAACACGGUCACCUUUACUGCUACCCUGUUUUCCCUAGUGCGAACGUCCCUCAAAAUUAUGACAGAGAAAAGUAAGAAAUGACAUUGUUAUGUUUGCAAGUUGAGAACAAAUGAUUUUUUCGUUUGACUUUCUUAAAUUACCAAAGGCGGGUUUUGUAGGGGAUACUUCGACCCAAUGUUAGGAGGCCUAUGGGACCACGCCGGUAUUGGAAAGGUCUGUGCUUGUACCCUGGUUAAGAUUAUCUUGUUCUUUACUCACGUGCGUAGACUGGAUCGAGGACGAGGAGAACAGGAAAACUUCAGGCGAAAUAAUAUGAAUCAAUAUUCUGGUCUUGUCGUGCGGCACAACUGAACAACGUUUGCAUUAAAAGAAAUAAAAGCCAAACAGAACAGGUCGAAACAAAAAUGAAAAUUGCGUUUGCUUUUAUAAAAUAUUUUUCGCCCAAGCACUCGACUCGGUUUUUUUUUUUUUAGCUUUCCUCCAAAUAUUUCGCUAGUGGGUUUUUAUCAAUUUUACUUCGCUAAACCUUUACACUCUAACAUUAGUAUGCAUCUUCUCCAUACUGUUCACUAUACAUUUCUCAAGGAGAGUUUAUUUAAUAAUCAAGAGCGUCUUCAGUCGGUGAUCAAUUCUUAUAUUCUCGUGACUUUAAUGAGUGAUUCGAGGUGAGGAGAAAGGGUUAGGAGUAAUAAUUAGUGGUCAAAGGGCUAAUGGGGAUACGGUCGUCUGCAUUCCACUUGUCUCCUACAGCUAUCUUCAUCCGAGAAACUUAAAAAUUGCUGAUAAAUCCCAGCGUUCCAUCCGGGAGUUUUAGCAUUGGUCUUUGUUUCCUUUUCCAGAUAAUCUAAAGGAGAACGAUAAGGAAUUGCGAGCCAUGUUGAAACGUGUUUGGCCCAAACUUACCAAGAAGACACUGGACAGAGUGGUGCCCAAACCUCCAAGUCUCAUCAACAAUGGUAUGCAUACUCUGUGCAGUAUUUAGGUCUUGUAGUGGUGAUUAUUUUUCACAUUUAUUUUUGCCAUCGAUUGUGGAGUUCCAUGGGGAUGAUAAUAGUUUACAGAUUUCUUCGCGGUUCUUUUCCUUAGCGAAUCAAGUGAACCAGCAGCCACAGAUGACAGUGGGUAAGAUCUACUGCGCCAAACUCAUCUACGAAAACUAUAAGUUCAUGAGACGGAAAGGACAAGCUCAAUCAAGGGUGAGUGAAUGAGGCAGGGAGCUGAGCAACAGUAGUAGAUAGACAAACAUUUUUUAACUACAGUAGUUUUUUUCAAAAGAUACCAGAAGCUUUUGUAAAUGGCCAUUUUGUAAGGAUGUUUUAGUGGCGGAAUUGCCCCACUCGUUUCUGCAGCCUUAUCAUUUCCAUCGAACACCCGAGAAAGGCUAAGGGACCAGAAGAGGUGUUAAUUUCAAUGCUUUCUGGAUAUGUCACGUGACAAGUUUGCUUACCCCAUGUGAACAGUUACUUCAUAUUUUCGUCGAAUCACGCUCUGGGGAAAGUUCUCGAAAAAGUUUUGCAUUGGAACGGUUUGCUCAAAAUAUUUAAAUUUUCUGUUCCAAUUUAUUACAAGGUGAGUUUUUUUGUUACACUUUUAAUUCCUAACUGAAAAUUCAAGUCACAAGAGCAGGUUUUUUUGUCCCUGUGAAAUUGAGCUGAAUACCUGUGGCUCCUAACUCUGGACAGUGUCUUGUGUAACCUCUGGCUUCUCUCUUUUGCACUUCAUCGCUCACGGAUUCUUCGUUGUCAAACACUGUGCAUUGUUCGCGUAUACUUUGUUCUUAACUUGUUUGUUGUUUUCUCACCAGCAAAGCUCAAGAGUUCUGUUUUAAUUCUGUUUGCACAUUGCUUACAAUUCUCAUACUAACUUAAAGAGUAUUUAAACCAUACUGAAAUUCUACAUAGCAUCUCGCAAUAACACUUUUAAAGAAGCGACAAAUAAGCCUAAACUUGUUUAAGGAAAUUGUGGAUAAUACUUAUGCUCUCCUGACGAGUUUUUUUCUUAACCGAGAACGAUUAAUAUUUCUUUAAAUGACGUGUUCAUAAACUUUAAAAGAUAUUUUAACCUAAAAUCUUUUCAACCAUAAACUUUAUUUGUCAAAAAUAACUUUAAAGGAACAAAGCUAUCCAGGCUCUUUCCUCGACCCGUCCCUAAGAAAGAGGGAGUCUGGCGACGAGACAGAAAGUCACUACUUUUAUUUAAAGUUUUUAGUAAGAAGCAUCAACGGAAUUAGCAACAACUUAUAAAGACGAUUAUCUUAAAACCUUUCACUGAUUAUAAUAAUAUUAAUAAUAAUGAUAACAAUGAAAACAAUAACUAUAGUAGUGAUAAUAGUAGUGAUGACGAUGAAAGUAAUCUUAUCAAUGAUAACAAUUUUAUUUGAAGAAUUGCUACUCAUCUUCAUCUUCAUCUCUCUUUUUCCCUCUACUCUUUCGUGGAGCAGGAUUCUGACCAGGUGGGUUUCACUUCAUAUUCUUAACUUUGUCUCUAUCUCUCUUCUUUGUUUAUUUCUCUUUUUUUAUUUACUAUUUCUCUUUUUUUAUUUGUCAAAACGUUCAUCAAAAAACACCAAGUGGAAGAAAUGUUUGGCAUAUGAUCGACUGACUGACUGAUUGAUUAAUUGACGGCUCCGUAGAUUCCUUCGUUCAUUCAUUAGCUGCUCAUGGUUUUUAACAGUUUUUGUUUGUUUGUUUGUUUGUUUGUUUUUUGGAAGCAAUCAGACAAGCUGUUUCUUUUGCCAGUUUUGUUUUUUCUUCCUCUAUUUUUCCUUUUUCCUUAUCUCUGUUUUUCCUCACCAUCGACUGGUGUUGAUUUCCCAGGGAACUGUUCUCAGUCGAUUUGUCGGAGGACCAAUGUUCCAGAAAUUCCGACGAGAUAACGACCCCGAGCUAGGAGAGGUACAGAUACGUUGAUAUCUCACACAUGCGCUUCAUCGUUUGUCUCCUCCACUUACUGUUAAUCAAUGGCUGUAAGGAUUGAUCCACGUGAUUAAGAAGCUGUAUAUCACGUGCUUAUGUUGUGUGUUACUUGCCCUUACAUACAUACAAACGAUUGCGACGCAUUUUCUUAUCUUUUUUUUCUUCGCUCAUUACAUGUAAACUUAACAUCAGCCGAAUAUUCUGUCAUAAUGCAAACUAUGAACGAGGGAUUUUUAAACUUAACUUUGUAACCAUAUUCCAUAACUUUUAUAACAUAAAAUUACCGUCCCCUGAAGACGUUUUUCGUAAAAAGUCUUGUUUGUAUGAGCAGCAUGUUUACGUCUUGAGUCCGGCACUACUUGUGCGACCAAUAAAGCUCUUGUAACGAAACGUGAAUUAAGCUGUUUAGACGAAGAUUAUUCUUUUUGCUGUGAAAACGUUUGCAUGGGACGGUACUAACAUAUAUUUGCUAAACUUAACACUAAAAGAGUCAGUUCAACUGACGUAAAAAAAAAUUAUUACUCGUCGCAAAUCCCUUCCAUGUCUCCAUUUUAAAAUUUCCUAUCACGUGUUCUUGUUUGCACCGCUAUACUUGGCCCUGUCUUGUCUUCCUUUGGGCCACUGCUGUUCAUAUAUAACUCAUUAGUUCUUAUCCUUUUACCUUUGACAUUUUUUUAUCUCUUGACCAUAAAGCAUGCUCUUUACGUGCCUUCCACUCCCUCUAAAUAGUACACCUAAAACACAGAGUGGUCUGCCAAAUGUUCCAUGUUUUAGUUAUUCUUUAUGUUAAAUAACUUGCUGGAAGAAUCAGCUCUUUGACUAGUGAAAGGUACGUGGAGAUGCAAAUAUGAUUGAAUUUUUGAAGUGAAAACUUGAUAUGUUUUAAAAUUUGUGUGAAACAGGGAGUUCCGAUGAACGACAUAGCUAUUAGCUUAGCUGAUGGACCAUAUCACUCGGGUUCGGCACAAGCUUUGUACCAUCCCAAUCAUCAGGUAAUGCAGCUUUGUAACCCAGCUUAUGUUGCCUAUUGGACGACUGUCUGAAGUUUCGUUCCUUAUAAGACCUUUAUAGCUUGUGUCCAACUAGGUCCAUUAUAAAUGUUUUGUCUUCAUGGCAAUGUGCAUUUAAUUAUGUGGUAAAGUGUACUUGAGUCUGUUCCAGACUCAUCUUACCUCCCAAUUUUAAGGGAAGUGCUUGCCUUAUGGCUACCGCGCGCUGGACCUCGGAGGGAAGGGUCUGGGUUCGAGCGCUGGCCAGGUCAUCGUGUUGAGUUGUUGAGUAAGAUACUUUACUCUCUCACCAUGCCUCUCUCAAGGAAACCUGACGAAAUGCUGGGGAAUUACCAUCCUUGGAUAAGCAUCCAUUAGCAGGAGAAUUAGCAACACUGCUAGUGGCUUUAUCCUAGCGUAACCGUAAUCUGGCUCAAGUGCAGACUUCACCUUUUUUUUUUCCUUGUUAAUUUUCAGCCUAAUGAUAGCCCAUCCCGCCGUUACCGUCAAAACACUCCAAUUGCUCAUCGAUCUACGACUUCGUUGAACGAAGGACGCGGUCCGGGUGUAACGACGGCUUUAGUCGGCCCCCACCGUCGACAAUUGCCUCAGACUCCCGGCUCUCGAAAUGGCUCGCAGCUCUCCUUGACUGGGAAGGCACCAGCGUUGCCAGAAAACCGGGGCGACAGUGUACUGGAAAAUGGCUAUCAUCCCAAUAUGAACCAGCACAUUGCCAUGGCGAUACGAAGUGGGCAAAGUCCUUAUGCAAUUUACGGUUUAGAAGAAGUGGGCGACGAAGACGACUGGUGCUAGCAGUUAAAAUCACGUGUGAACCACGUGCUAAUAAUUUGAAGGACAUAAACUACCUCCAUUAAUUUCUGUGGCUUGGAACAUUCACAUGCUGGUGUUUUGUGCUGGUCGCAUGAUUUUCACGUGAUCAUUUUGGUACUUCGAGCUUACUUUUGAAGUUUAAAACAUUCAACGUGGCUAGAAAUUUAUUCAGAGUAAAAACAGAAGGAGAAGACACCUCCUUUCCGUCAGCCUUACUUCAGAGGGAAGGAAAAAUUAUUGGUGCCUUUUUAAUAACCAAGUUUUGUAAGCCUCACUGUGCCGAGAUGUAUCAGACUUCAGCCAAGAAGUGGAGGAAAAUAUACACUCUUUGUUGAAGCCAAUUUAAAAUAUAACAGGGAGAUAUGGAACUCCAGACAGAAUAAUUAAGUGUAGGUACUCCACUACACAAAAACCACGCAAAUUUGUUUGCUUUUGAUAACAAAUUUUGCAGCUUUUUCUUGAAUUUUUUGUUGUUGUUUACCUAUUUAUUCGAUAAUGGUGACAGUUCAGAUGCAUUAAGGCGUAAUGAACAGGCCAAAGUAUAUCUUGAUUUGCAGAAAAAGCGAUAGAUUACUGAAUGUUAGCAUAACAAGUGAAGCCCGCUAAAAAAGAAGGCGUUUCCCUCGAUAUUUUCCGAUACAGUUAACACUCCCUUGAGUGUUAUCUAAUAUUUUCAGGUAGACAAGGGCUUUUAACCUGUUUAAACUUAUUCUCAACCGCUGAUGAGUUUGUUUUGAAACGGUUGCAAUUUGAGCCUCGGUCGUGUUAUUCUUGCACACUUUGAAAGACGCCGUUGAACGCAUAAGGUGGUUUGUAAACGUGGCUACGUGGGGCCAAACUGAUUGACAACAGAAACAGUAAAAGGCUCCAAAGAAAAACAACGCAAGCUUUAUGGAGCACGGAUACACUCACAAUGUAACGCGACUCGCUGAUUGGUCAAAAGGAAGAAACUUGUUUACUCUGAUUGGUGGUCAGUCUGUGCCCAUCAGAGGGCUCAGAAUUCGAGACUUAGAAAACAGAGUCAGGUGACACGGUCAGCCAAAAAUUGGCUCAAUUUUGAAUUAGGAAUGUGUCUGUGAAGUUUGUAAGUGGUAGCGAUGUACAAAGGGAAACGAGAAUCGUUUUAGCGGCUGUUUUCCCGCACUUUAUUGGCACAUAUAAAUCGAAUGGAAUUUUCAACACUUGUUGAAAACAGAAUUGGAGGAUACAGGUCUUUUCGCGCUUUGAAGCACAAUUUUAGUUCAGGAAUAUCGCUACAGAAUCUUCCCACUAAUAGCGAAAGUUGUCAUUUAAUGCCUUUUUGAUGUAGCUAUAAAGUUAAAAAAUAAUAAUAAUAAAUCAAAAAUGAAUUGAAAGUAAUGAAUCAUCGCUUUUGGCAAAGUUUUCAGUACGCUAGCGAUUUGUUUCUUGCAUUGCUGUUGGCAUUUUUUGAGUUAGAGUCUUUUUUUUAAUGAGUUAUUCCACUUUUAGAGAAAUAAAUCACACAGAGCCGUGACGAAUAUUAAUUUUUUAACUGUUAUUGUCAUUAUUAUAAUUACCUUUGAUAGAAGAAAUUACUCGUCCUAAUAUAUUAAAAAUCAGUUAUAGAAGAUUCUUAUUCUGUACUCAGUGCAGUUUAUUUAUAAUAAUAUUAUUGUAAAAAUGACUUAUUUAUGGCUACAUUGCUUUUGAAGCACACACUUCAUAGUUUCAAAUAAUGUUCUUAUUGUACAUAAAGCAAAUAUGUAAUGAUUCUUUCAGACACGAGUAAAUUCAGAUUUGUUUUGGAGAAAGAAUAAAUUGCUACAUUGUGAC